CGCUGGCACAACGUGCAUGGUGUAAGCGGACAUAGCGGAACGUUCGGACGGUUCGGUGAAAUAAAAAAUAUGGGAUCGAGGAAAUCGGAUCUCUCGGACGUGGCAAAAAUCGAGCAGAUCCUCGACCAUCCGGUCGAUCUGUUCAGGAUCUGGCACGACGAAGCACGAAAACGCAACCCGCGAACACCGGACGCCUGUUGCUUGGCGACCGUCUCAAAAGACUGCAACGUGUCUGCGAGGAACGUCGUCCUUCGGGAGUUUGAUAACGAUGGUUUUGUAAUCGUGACGGAUCGGCGUAGCAAGAAAAUCGACGAUAUCGAGAAUGUCCCUCGUGUCGCUAUGUGUUAUCUGUGGUCUUACGUUAACGAAAAAGAGCAGCAUAUCAUUCAACAGGUGAGGGUGGAAGGGAUUAUGAAAAGAUUGGAGAAACAAGAUUUUCAGCAUUUGUACAACAAAGAACCGUUGUAUUGUAAGAUUCGGUCUCAUUUGUGCGAUCAAGGGCGGGAGGUAACUUGGGAGGAACUGAAGCAACGUCACGACGAGAUACUGGAUUCUGUUCGUAAAGACCAGAAUAAUUUACCAAUGCCUGAUCACUUCGUUGGAUGCAAACUAUUCCCGACGAUGAUGGAAUUUUAUUACGCGAGGGAUCACCUGAUAGCAGAUCGAAUAAUUUACCGGAAGGACGCGUCGAACGAUUCUUGGGAACACCGUCGAAUAGCAGCAUAGUAUACACAUACACGCAUGACGAAGGAAUCCACGUCUCUUGUUACAAAACCGUCUGUUCACCGACACCGCAGCACCAUAUUAUCUUAAUGUAACUGAUUCUCGCGAUCACCUCCCCUUAUCCCCGUCGAUGUACACUUUUCCAGCAGCAUUGGACGGGUGGAAGGACGUAUGGGUGGUUCGUUGAAAAAUAAAAUGAAAGUACAGAAUA